AUGGGUGAGCCUUCAUACUCGAGGGACGAGCUCGUCUCGGAGCUCACAUCCUAUUACGAAUUCUUGACGCAGCUCUACCUGCCCCCGGAAGUCAUCCAACAUCCCCCAGAGGACGGCUGGGAGCACAGCACACCCGAAUUCGUCGACUCCUUCUGCCUAGGCAAGAACGACACCGUAGCGGACCUGAUGAGACAUAUCCCUUACAUCCGCCGCACAAAGGAGGACGACUGGGAACCGUGGCAGAUUUACGGCAACGCCACUGCCGUAGACUUCACUAGCGACGUUGUCCUAGACUUGCCCACGAAAUACGCAAAGGAGUCUCUUUUUGAGCCUGAGGAGGGCAGCAUCUCGCAUAUACCACCCCACGUGUUCGUGUACGCGACGAUUCCAUCGGGCCACAACGGUCGUUACAUUUUUAUCGACACGGAGCGCGGCACGAUUGUCCUUGCGGACCCACAGACCGCACCAGAUGAAGAAGCCUGGCGCAGGUUCCAGACCUACAACUUUGGCGAGUUCUUCUCCAUGGCAAAGGAAAUGUUUAGAAAAUUUGAAAUGAUUGCCGUGGAUAGAAAACACGUACACUGCACCAGCCCAGAUACGCCUCAGGCGCAGAUAUAUCAGGAAGAGGGCGUCUUCACGGAGCGGUACAAUAGGGAGAGGUGCAUGGACAGACUGGAUGAGUAUCGGGAGCGGAAGAAUCGGGAAAACCGGGAGGCUCAAGGACACGAAUGA